AUGGCCUCGCAAACCUCGAGUAUUGUGGAGCUCGCAGAACAAUGCUUCUCGACCUUGCGACUAUGCUACCAACUAUCAGCGUCCAUUCCACCGCGAGAGUUUUCGCUCCUGGAGAACCAAAAUGCAAGAUUCUCGAUCUGGACUUCAAACAACGCUGUUUUCGGCCCAAUUCGUGCUUCACUUGAUCACCGGCUUAGAGAGGCACCGGAAGUUGCAGAGGUUGUGAAAGGUCUACUGGAGGCGCUCAAUGAUCAUUUGCAAAGUUACAUUGGUGUACAUGAAUUGCACCAGGAGCGGCACAUUCUCGAAUCUAACAUUCAAGCGGCAUCAACCAACCCACCAAAUGCGGCGAACAUUAAAUCCUUGCAUAAGUUACCACUAAUAAGUGGUCAUCUUCAGAAAGUUCCACUUUCCAGCUCUGGUUGUAUGACUUGUCGUCGCCGCGAGGAGAAUUGCGACGAAACAAAGCCUAGCUGCUUGAAUUGUUCUACCGGCGGGUUCGUCUGCGAGGGAUAUAAGAUUGAGCGACAAGGAGCUUCCAAAGUCAAUAGCCCUGUUCCAACCUCCGAAAGGCUUGAAAAAUAUGCUGUCGCUGCCGGCAAAGAGAUAGAACUUCUCAAUAAGCUGUCUAAUACGGUUCGAAAAGCUGGCCAGGAGUUAUCAAAUCGGAAAGCUGUCGAUUUAUAUAUCAUUCAAGAUGAUGAAGGUAACAAUGUUGAGCCGUUCCUCAAAACAUUAUUUGCCAAAUACAUCCAGGACAAAUUUCCCGGAACCACAGAAGGUAUAGUAGAUCGCCUUGCUACUACAGCUUUGAUUCGUCGGAAACGAAUUCUAUACCGACGUACUCGGUACGGUCAAAACCCGGUCAAAAUUCACAAACCCAGACCACAGCCAAUACAUCAGGCGCCACAAGGUGACCAAGCACAUGUAUCUUCCUCUCACAAAGGGAAUAUCGAGAGUAGCAACCCAAGCCAUCCCAAGGACCUUGCGCAAAGCAUUGUCGAGACCGCUCAGACUUCUCAGACAAAGAUCAGUGCGACGACUCUAACUCCGAGUCAAUUCAAAAGAAUAUCAGUCCAGUCAGUUGUUUCAGAAACCAGGACCGUUGUUUUGGAACAGCACGAAGAGAUAGUGUUUCCACCUUGUCCCAUCGGGAAUCUGAACAAAAGAUACAAAGAGAUACAGGCAUCACACAAUGAAUCCUACAAGGGCUUUUUGUUGCAACUCUACGAACGUCUCCAUAAUUUGGAGACACCACGGCCUAUCGAGACUUCAUCGGCAUACCAAACAGAAGCAAGGAAUGCCAAAGAGAGACUUGAACUGACUAUAGCUACAGACUGGGAGCAAUUUCUGCGCUCUUUGCCGGAAGUGAUCUGUCCAUAUUGUUUCCAAGCUCUUCCUGCAAGUGAAAUGGCCACCGUUGAAAAAUGGCGUUCGCAUGUAAGAAAAGACCUCGAUCCAUAUGUUUGCCUAUUUGAAGAAUGUGAAGCCCCAGAAGCGCUUUUCAGCAACAGCAAUGAUUGGCUUGAACACAUGAGAGGACACAAUUUACGCUGGCAAUGCAACGCCAAGUCACACGGUCUGCAACGUUUUGCCUCGAGAGAUUAUUAUCUUGCCCACAUGAAGGAGACACAUCCAAGAUCAUAUACUGAGUCACAACUUGAUAUCCUCGCUGAUAGAAGUGCUCGCAAAACAAAACUGGUUUUUGAAUCAUGCCCACUAUGUGGGAAAUCAGACGAAAGUGAUGACAGUCUUGUCGCCCAUAUUGUUGGUCAUUUGAGAUUGCUUGCUGUGAAAUCUCUUCCUUCAUACCAGUCGAAGCAUGAUGUCGAUCAGCCUUCGGACACCUCCGACCCCAGUCAUGGGAAAAUCAUCUCAACUUCUGAGGGUGAAAGUGCUAGCUCUGAUCGAAUGAGCAUUACGUUCAUCUUGGGCAGCGAAGAAAGAGAUUCGUCAUCGGACUUGGAAAUGAAUGAUUCCAACUUUUUCGCUGAUGAAUCGGAGUUCGAUGGAAUUUCGAAUGAUCACCGCUGGCAAUUUGAAUGGGGAUUCAUCCUGAAUCCUGCUCAACCAGACGAUUUUGCUUUUGAUCCGGUAAUACAGAACAUGCUAGCUUACUGUGCUGCUCCUUCGUUGGAGAGUCGCGAGGAUGAUACACAAGCAUACUUCUUGCCUCCAGCAGAAGACGGUACUAAUGAAAUGGCCUCGCCAUCCAUAAGUCCGUCUUUAAGGUGGAUCAAUUGCAUGAGGAGGUUUUCCACAAUCGUGCACGAAAUCCUGGUCGACAAAACUUCCAGAUCGAAUCACAUGAGCCCCGGCGUGGCCAUUCUUGGCGAUAAUUGUGAAUGGGAAAGUGAAGACUCUUUUUUGGGAGCCAAAAUCUCCCACAAGAAAAAUUUCAGUCUACACAAUUUCGAAACCAGCUUUGAGGCUAAGGUCUCUAGUAACAGAAUUAAAGUUGCCCAAGCAAUAUCUUUGAUAUGUCCGAAUGCACAUUUCCUCAUGGCCGGAUUGAGUUCGAAAUAUGAUCCCAGCAAGGGCAUGAUUCUCUGCACAGCAGAAAGUGUAUCAAGGGCACUGAAAUGGAUAAUAUCCCUCGGGCCCGCGAUUAUCUGUUUGCCGGAAGCAAUUGAGCGCCCAGUGUCCAGGAACGAAGCAAAGGAACUCAGCGAUGCCCUCAAUGAAGCUUUACAAGCGGGCAUUUUCAUAUUUUGCUCUGCUAGAACCCCGCUGUUAUACAGCAGUACUAACCUUGUAUCGGCAAACUAUCCAGAGUGUUUCAAUAUUGGUCCUAUCGAAGAUUUCAACUUCCCGCAACCGAUGCAGAGCUUUGAUAACAUUGACUUUCUGUUCCCUGGAGCUUGGGACAAUUACCCGCUCAUGGGAACGCAUCCAUUAUUGACUCCCUCCGCAAGCUUUGAGCCAUCGAUUGCAACAGCUUAUGCUACUGGCUUAGCAGCGUUGAUUAUAACCUGUAGAACCUUUUUCCGUUCUGAUCCCACUGAUAUGGGGGUUUUUGAGUUGCCUCAGCGUCGCCUUACGCACCAGGAUUUGAAAAAUAUUUUCCAGGGUAUCGGAGCUACCACAAAAAGUGACAAGUGGAUGAAAGUCUGGGGUUUCUUCGACGAUGUUUCUGCGGAGUGUGAGCGAAGUUCAAGACAUUUGUGGUCUACAAUUUUGACCGAGAUGUACAAAAGAAUCAAUGCCAUGCGCUUGGGAGAGGAUGAUGACAUGACCCUUUACAGAUGGGAUGUUCUUGAUGAUAUUUCAUCGCGGUAUAAUCCUACAAGGCCAUAUCUUCUCGAGCCUAGAACCUCAGGGGAUGAGAUCGAUACAGGCCUACUUGAACAACAAUCAUUCCUAGUUGCCCGUGAAGAUGAAAAUCGUUCCGAGGGGCGAUAUUACCUCGAGCCACUUCCACAAGAUCUCGACAUACAUCACGCUUCUCCCACUUCUUCAACAGGUGCGAUAAUUGGCGAUGAGGCUGUCAGUCGGGAUGUGCUUUCAUGGCUAUCGAACCCCGAAUAUCCGUUUAAUAUUUCCAGGGAAUGGGUCCCUAGCCCUUCUCGUGAUUUACACCGCUCUGAUGGGAUAGAUUCGUUGCUGUUCCUAUCUGGUACAAGAGAUGAUGAUCAUGAAAUUGAUGAGCGUCAUGGGAAUCAGAGUACUAGUGCCAAGGAAGAAACAGACUCUUCUAGCUCAGACUCUGAUGCCAGAACUCUGAUGGGAUUAAAUAAAAAGAGAAGAACGCAUUGA